UCAGUUUCAGUUUCAUUUGAAGUCUUCGUCUCAUCAGCACCACUUUUUCGUAAGCGACAUUUUCGAGUCGUCGGCAUAUAAGUCUGGGCGGCCAGUGAUUAGCAUUUAGUUGAAUUUUGAUUGCCAAGGGACCGGUGUCGUCAGCUCGAUCGGAAAUGCAUUUCUUCGUUGUACCCUGCCUCCUGGGCCUUGCCACAGCCAUUCCCCAGGGAUACAACUACCAGGCCCAGCAGCAGCUGCAGCUGCCCGCCAUUCCACAAUUCGCCAGCCAGGCCGAGCAGUCGCUGCUGCAGCAGGCGCUGCAGGCCCCACAGGUGCAGCAGGUCCUGUCCGGCGGAAACGUGGCCACCUCGUACUCCGCUGCGUCCCAGCAAAACCAGGCCGCUGUGUACCAGCCACAGCCGACGCAGUUCAAUGCCUACCAGCCACAGCAACAGCAGCAGCAACACCUCGUCUCCAAGGACAUCUAUGUGCAUGUGCCACCGGCGGAGGAGCCCGAGGAUCGCUACCCCCAGCCCGUCCUGCCGCCCGCGCCCCCGCGCAAGCACUACCGCAUUGUGUUCAUCAAGGCGCCCACGCCCAGCGUCUCCAAGGCGGCGCUGCGGAUCAAGACGGCCCCCGUGGAGGAGAAGACCAUCAUCUACGUGCUGACCAAGAAGCCGGACCCCCUGGACCUGCAGGCGGCCAUCGAGGAGGCCGCGCCCAAGCAGCCCAGCAAGCCGGAGGUCUUCUUCAUCAAGUACAAGACGCAGGAGGAAGCUGCGCAUGCGCAGCGCACCAUUCAAGCCCAAUAUGACCAGCUUGGCGGCACCUCGCAAAUCUCCGACGAGGGAGUCGCUCCUGUCACCUCAGUGAUUGGCGUCCUGGACAACCAGCGUGCCAGUGGAGGUCCUGUAGGGAACCUGGUGAACAACUACCUGCCCGCCCAUCUGCGCACUUAGGCGCAAGAACUGUCGUACUUUUAAGUAUUCAAUCUUGUAUAUAUCUAGUUAAAUAAAUUUGAUCAUACGGCCAUUCCCCGAUGACAGUAAUCCAAA